AUGUCUGCGCCCGAUAAAGAGAAGGAAAAGGAUAAGGAGGAGACAAAUCAGAAGAGCGAGGAUUUGGGUCUUCUAGAAGAAGAUGAUGAGUUUGAAGAGUUUCCCGCUGAAGACUUCCGUGUGGCCGACGAUGUGGAGGAGCCAAAUGUGUGGGAGGAUAAUUGGGAUGACGACAAUGUAGAGGAUGAUUUCAGUCAGCAGUUGAAGGCACAUCUGGAGAGCAAAAAAAUGGAUACAUGAAUUUCUGCUGCCCCUCGUUCGUCCCUAACCACAAACAAACAGUUUAAGCUUUAGCAAUAAACAAAUAAAUAUAUUAAGUCGAAA